CUGCUUCUCUUUUCUUCUGACAGAAAGAGAGAGGGCGAGAGAGAGAGAGAGAAAGAGAGAAACCUCCAUCCCCAUGAGCUCAUGAAUAAAUUAUAGCGGCUCAUUGUGCAAUAGAGAGAGGAAUGCGGUUGAGCCUGGCAAAAUACGGACGAGUGGGUAACGUUACGGACUAUAUACACACACACAGUCUUACACACGCACACACACACACCGCUCCGGAGCUCAGAGUGCUCGUCUGCUUCAGUACAUCCGCCGCUGGUUAUGCUGCGGUUUCACCGCCGGACUCCGGGAGCUCCACGGCCAGAGAUACGCACAGAGCCCGGUAGCCUUUACUGGUAGCUCUUAGCUCUUAGCCUUGCUUUUUCCCCGAUCGUAGAUGGAUUACAGACCGAACUAGGACGACUAGUCGCGGUGUCGCGCCUUAACUACAAGUUAAGUCGAUUCAGAAAGAAGGGAAAAUUAAAUCUCCUUGUAGCAGACAGAGGAGCAGUUAGGUUCCGGCGUCUUUCCGAGUCCUACACGAUCCAACAACCACGGGCAGCUGGAGUCUCAAGACUGCCUGCCAGGUUGAGGUGAUUCGGGGUUCUCAGCCGACCCCCACAUUCCUCCGAUGAACCCCAUCAACUCCAUGAAACCUGCCCUGCCUCCAACGCCACACAGUGACGGCUCCUACCCCUAUGACCCAGCGUCCUGGCAGCAAGGCACCAACCAGCCCCCCGGCUCCCUGUCUGUGGUAACCACAGUGUGGGGGGUUACCAGUCCUUCACCCAGCCAGGUAUUUGGUGCUCCUAUGGGCCCGGGUGGCAAUUCAGCUGGUGGUCACAUGAUGCCUGGCAACAGCCCUGGCAUGAACUCUCCCCAGUUCAUGGGGCAGCAGGGCUACCCGGAGCCCAACAAGGGCUACAUUCAGCAGGGGAUGUAUGGCCGGCCUAGCGGGGGCUACCCGACUGGACCUGCAUACGGUGGCAGUUACCCCAAUAAUGGUGGAGGUUCCCUCGGGAUGCCUCCUCAUGGCGUUCGCCCUCCCACUGACUUCACCCAGGCCGCUGCUGCCGCUGCCGUUGCUGCCGCCGCCGCCACAGCAACCGCCACUGCCACGGCGACUGUUGCAGCAAUACAGGAAAAGCAGAACCAGGAGAUGAACUACGGGCCUAUGGGUGGUGCUUCCUCUUACAACACACAAUUCAUGCCCCACCCUGGACCCCGUGGCCCACCAGGCAUGGCCUCCUCCGGGAUGGUGGGCUCCAGACCCCCCUCUAUGGGAGGCAUGUACAGUUCACAGGGACAGCGUAUGCCCCAACACUCCGGUUACCCCACAGGGCAGCAGGGACCUCCACCACGACACCAGCAGGGGCUGAAGCGCCCUUACAACUCUGAGGGUUUCCCAGGGCAGCAGUAUGGCUCUGGAAUGGGAGCAGCAGGUCCUUACCCCGGCCAGGCCAUACAGUACCACGGGCCCGGCCCACAGCGUUCGGCACCUUCGCCUUCCUACACGGGCCACAGAAUGCCGAUUCAGCAGUCCAGCAUGGGCCAGUAUCCUGCGGGACCAGGAAACCCAGGCCAAUAUUACAAGGCUGAUCAGUUCAACGGGCAAGGCAACAACCAUGGGAGUCUGGCCACAGGAGUGGGUGGAGGUGGAGGGUACAACACGUUUAACCAAGGAGCUGUGAACGGGCCUGGGAGGGCGAUGCCUGGCUACCCCAGCUCACCCCUCCCAGGGAACCCUACUCCUCCCAUGACUCCUGGUAGCUCAAUGCCACCUUAUAUGUCACCUGGUCAGGAUGUAAAGUCUCCCUACCUCCCUGAUGUUAAGCCCAAUAUCAACACAAUGCAGCCCCCUACAGUUUCUACAGGAAACCCAAGCGAUGACCUGCGGCUGACUUUCCCCGUUCGGGACGGGGUGGUGCUGGAACCCUUCCGGCUGGAGCACAACCUGGCUGUCAGCAACCACGUCUUCCAGCUGCGUGACUCCGUCUACAAGACACUCAUGAUGAGGCCAGACCUGGAGUUGCAAUUUAAGUGCUACCAUCAUGAGGACCGGCAGAUGAACACCAACUGGCCGGCCUCUGUGCAGGUGAGCGUGAACGCCACGCCCCUCACCAUCGAGCGAGGCGACAACAAAACCUCCCACAAGCCUCUCUACCUGAAACACGUGUGCCAGCCAGGUCGGAACACCAUCCAGAUCACAGUCACCGCCUGUUGCUGUUCCCAUCUGUUCGUACUGCAGCUGGUUCAUCGGCCCUCGGUGCGCUCUGUGCUGCAGGGUCUUAUGAAGAAGAGGCUCCUUCCAGCCGAGCACUGUGUCACCAAAAUCAAGAGGAACUUCAGCAGUGGAACCAUACCAGGAACUCCUGGGCUAAAUGGCGAGGAUGGUGUGGAGCAGACGGCCAUCAAGGUUUCCCUCAAGUGUCCAAUCACUUUUCGACGCAUCCAACUUCCAGCUCGGGGCCAUGACUGCAGGCACAUACAGUGUUUUGACCUGGAGUCGUACCUGCAGCUUAACUGUGAGAGAGGGACUUGGCGUUGUCCUGUGUGCAAUAAGACAGCUCUUCUGGAGGGACUAGAAGUGGAUCAGUAUAUGCUGGGCAUUCUCAUCUAUAUCCAGAAUUCGGACUACGAGGAGAUCACUAUCGAUCCAGUGUGUAGUUGGAAGCCGGUCCCUGUGAAGUCUGACCUACAUAUUAAAGAGGAUCCGGACGGUCCAGCUCUGAAACGAUGUCGCACCCUCAGCCCCAGUCACAUGAUCCUGCCCAGUGUUAUGGAGAUGAUCGCUGCGUUGGGACCGGCCUCGUCACCCUACCAGUCCUUACCACAAGGUGGUAGCAGCAGCACGCCAGAUUACCCCAGUCAAGCCGGUUCGGGAUAUUCCAGUCAGCCAGGCUUCUCAGAUUUCCCCAACGCCCCCGGCACUCCAACCUUGGGCGAGUUUUCUUCGGGUCCUCCGCCCCUCUCUUACCAGUCUGACCUUCCCAGUGGUCUGCUGACACCUGAGAAACCAGUGGGGCACCCCAUGUCUGGACAGAUUACUCACUCGAGUCGCAUGGACCCAUCCCAUAACCCCCUCCAACAGCAGCAGCAACCACCACAGCAGCAACAGCAGCAUCAACCUCUCCAUGGCAAUUCCAACUUGGGCGGCCCAGGAGGACCCAUGCAUUCACGUAACUCCAACCAGAAUCCUCGGCUGCACACGGAUAGCUUUGGCCUGGGGGGCCCUGGGGGGCCAGGCGAUGUAACGGAACCUGGCCUUGAUCUGCUUCCAGAGCUAACAAACCCAGAUGAGCUGCUGACCUACCUGGGUCCUCCUGACCUCCCUAACAACAGCAAUGAUGACCUGCUCUCGCUGUUUGAGAGCAACUGAGUUCACACACAGCUUGUACAAAACCUCUAGCUUCGCCACACCAUCCUUAAAAAACAAAACAAAACAAAAAAAAAAAAAACAGCAGUACAUACUCUUAGCACGCUACAAGAAGGUUUGGAGGAUCAGGGAUUGGAAUCCUCGCAAACAUUUGAGUCUAAUUAUUGGCCUGCUCUGUUCCUUUGAAACUGCAGAAAUGCUCAUAGCAAGGAAGGUGCAGAAGAUAUAAUCUGACUUUGACGUUACUGUUAGUCUGCCUCUGAAAAACGUCAUGGUUUUAUUGUGUUUUUAUUUUUUAUUUUUUUCUAAUUUGACGACUCCAUCUUCUAUUUCCAGCUCCUGCAAAAUCCAUUUGUAGAAAAGCACCUCAUCUGACGUCUAACUUGUGCUUGGUGUAAAUUACAUUGCAUUUGAAGUUUAUGGAAUUUGCCCAUUUGUCAUUUAUUCUUGAUCAUGAUUUAAUCGAUUGUGAAGUACUGACAUUCUUUAAAAAUCCAGAAUUUGUCGAUAACAAGGAGAACCGAAUUUUGAUAAAGCUACGUGCUCUUUAAGAAUGACAUCAGAACAAAAAAGCCAACCUAUGUCUGGCCUCUGUUGUAACUUGAAUGCAUGUAAAAUGUUGGGAAUGCCAAUGGACCCUGCAAACACAAGACACAGACAUGCCUUACCUCCAAAAAAAAAAAAAAAGGAAUCUCCACCAGUAAGCUAGCAUGCUAUCAUUGAUGCCCACCCACACCAUCUCCCAGAUUUGUACUUGGAAGUCCAGGAGUUGGCGUAUACUUUGUGUUAGGAGCCUCUUUCCAGCCUGCAUGCCCUUGUCCUUUGCCUUGCUGUUUAGAGAUGCAGUCACAAAGCAUAUCUCGCUGUAGCAUCAAAGAAACGUACUGUACUCAUUUGCAGAACUUAAAAAAAAAUUGCCUGUGUCUAGAGGGAGGGGCUUGAGUCCUGCUCAGCCACUGUAGAUAUGAAUAAAACAUUCAAUCCCUGGGGGUGUAUUUACAAAGAUGAAAUAGAAGCACACCUUAAUGCACAGACAUACCACAAGCUACACCGAGUGUGUUUCUGGCACAUGCACUCCUCUGGUCACAGCUCUUUGUCUCCUGGCUUGUUCUUCUUCUCCUUCAACAAUGGUGUCUUCCUGCACUGUUGGCACAAAUCCUGUGCUGAUUGUAAAAUCUGUCUUACACGCAAGAAGGGACAAAAGUUUUAAUCCUGAUCAUUUUCUAUCCACACAGCCUUUACCUUUACUAAGAACCGGGUUAUUUUAGUUUACUUUUAGAUAUGCAAUAUCCCCCAUCACUCAGCAGAAGGACUCGGCAAAAACAAGAGGUCUCGCAGAGCACAAGCAUCCCAGACACAUAUCUCAGACAGGGUAUCUCUCUCACAAAUGCACACUCAAGCUCGCAAAAUGCAACUCUAUUUUAAGAGUGCAUUCAGGGCCUAAAAUUUUGCAGUCUCACAUUUCGUCUCUGACAUCCAGAUUGUUCAUUUUUGCAGUAUGAUGGCCUCUUGAUAGCCUGGUCUUAAUGGCAGUACCCAUCACUUGUUACUGAUGAGGAACAAUUAGGGAGCUGUGUUGAAAAUAUGUACAGAUAUAGGAUUAUUAUUGUUACAGAUGUAUACACUCUUUGUACCCCACGAUAAAACACGCAUACACUUUAAACACUAUGACAGAUUUUUUUUUCUUUCCCAAAAGCUCUUGUUCCUUUUCAGUUCACAAAAAGAGACUCGAUGGAGAGAGGAGGACAGUCUGCUGCCCUGUUUCCUGUCUUGUCUUACUUUAUUAUUUAUGAUUGCUCUCUGGAUGCUGUUGGCUAUGUGUGCAGUCUGUAUCCUAAACGAUCCAGGGAGGGUCAGGAGUUCUUGGAUGUGCAAUUGUUUUUGAAGACAUUUGUGUAUCAUACAAUUUUAUCUUUUGAUUAUAUAUAAUUAUUGUUAUUAUAAUAAUUAUAAAGAUAAUUGGUGGACCUGUAUGCAUCUCUUAUGUGUGUUAUCUAGCAAAGUUUAUGAAUUUGUUAAAAAAAAAAAAAAAAAAAAAAUUAAAAAUGGAAAAAAGUACAUUUCACCAUCAGUUCUGUGACCAUGAAGGCUUUCAAUAAGAGCAGCUUUGAGACCAGAAUUAUGUCACACUUACUGUUCAUCCAACUGUUAAAAGAAAGAAAAAAAAUGUUUGACCGUCAUGUGUAGGUGAAUCCUUUACGUUUUAAUGAUGGAAUUAAACUUGAAUAAUCUUAAUCAUUUUUUUGUUUGUUUUUCUAAAGAUGUGAAAUAUUUCCAUUAUGUUUUUUAAGUAAAGACUUAAUCCCCA